GUUGCCAUGUCCAUUAGAACUUGCAUGUACUACACCAAUUGGUCGGUCUACGAGCCGAAGAACCACCAGGCGCGAGACAUUCCGCUUGAAAACGUCACCAAUCUCUUUUACGCUUUCAUUGCGAUGGAUAUAGAUACAGGGAAAUUGAAAUUCUCUGACGAAUGGGCGGAUAUCCAGAAAGAGUUGGAUAUCAACGGUGUGCUGUGUAAGGGCUCCCUCGGCCAAAUCUAUGCGUUGAAGCAAAAGUUCCGCCACACCAAGGUUUCCAUGUCGAUUGGCGGCUGGGGGACGAGCGAGACGUUCGUGUCCAUCGUUUCCGACGAAGCAAAGUUUGCCAACCUUGUUGCGUCGUGCAUGUUUUUCGUAUCAGAGUAUGGCUUUGAUGGGAUCGAUGUGGACUGGGAGUAUCCCCAGAAUGCGGUUGAAGCCGCCAGAUUGGUGGAGCUUUUGAGAAGGCUAAGAUCGGGGUUGGACGAAUUGGAGACAGUGGUGAAUCUUGGAUCUGGGAGCAUGCUAUUGUCCAUUGCGGCACCGGCAGCCCCGGAACAAGCCAGUAUCCUCCAGGCCUCAGAAAUCGACCAGUACGUUUCGUUUUGGAACCUCAUGUGCUACGACUACACCGGCGCCUGGUCGGGCCAAACGGGUUACCACUCGAACCUCUUUGGGGGUGCGUUGAGCACCGACCUGGCGGUAAAGUACUAUAUCCAACAGGGGGUAAACCCUCAGAAGUUGGUGAUAGGCAUGCCUAAUUACGGUCGGGGGUUCAGCGGUACCACCAGGGAGAUUGGCAAUACGUUCAACGGGGUGGGCUCUGGCUCUUCUGGCGACGCAGGUGUGUGGUUGUACAAAACAUUACCGCUCCCAGGAACCACCGAGGAAUUUGACUACCGCAAGGUCAGUGCCUCUUGCUACGAACCGGUGCAGGGACUUUUGGUGGUCUAUGACAAUCAGCAGUCAGCUAAGAUCAAGGCCAAGUAUGUUUUGUCCAACGGCUUAGGCGGGGCCAUGUGGUGGGAAUCGUGCGGUGAGGACUACGCUAACUUGGAGCGGUCUACUCUCCACAACUUUGUCGCCACUCUCGGGAGUGAUUGCUUGGAAAGGUGCGAAAACAACCUUAGUUACCCGUCCAGCGCGUUUCUCACGGGGGUUUGAAGCGGGUGUUUGAGAGGUUCCAGAUAUGGAAUUUGAGCCGAUUUAGGUGAAUGUUGGAUUUAGGACUGACUGGCAAUGAGCUACACGUGCAGUGUUGAAAGUGACAGGGGUGACGCCAACCAUGCCAAUAAAUAAUGCACUUAAGCGUACCUGAAUCAGGGAAUUGGGAGCAUCUUGGACUACCCGUUACACUAGCGCCUUGUAGGUUAUAUGCUUUUAGUUUCACUUUCCAUGUAAAGGCCAAUUUUGAGAUCCAAACACGUCUGACUCCCACAGGUCACGCCCUAACUGACUAUUAACACGAUUUAAUCGCCAUUAGUAUCGGCCU